UUGACGUUUUCUCAAAAAAGUUGUAAAUUUUGUUAUUACUUUGAAAUAAAAAUGAAUACUUUAUUAUUUAUAAAAUGGAGGAAUUAGAAGAACAACCAAUGUGGGCCAUCAGACAAGCUAGUCGGCAAGUGCUUCGAGUUAGUCGUCGAAACCAGAAAUACGGCAUGACCGAUUAUCGCAGAUCUAUUGAAACUUCGAGAAUCGAUCCUGAUACAAUAGCAGAUAUACCAAAUAAAUUGAAAAAUAAGUCAGCAUUAACUUUGCAUGAUCUGCACAUUUUGAAAAAUAUCCUGAUCGAUGAUGAAAAUUAUAUCGAGAUUGUUUUGAGUACUAAUGGAGCAUUAAGAGGGUUAAUUAGAGAAUUAUCUGGGAGAGACGUUAAAAGGCAGUGCGCUGCUGCAGGGUGCCUUUGUAACUUGGCCCUGGGAGACACCAAAGCGUGUGUUGCCAUCGCGAAGGCAGGCGGUCACUACUUAACUCCGGCUCUGGACAGCACUACUGAAUUGGCUGUGACGUCAGCGUGGGCCCUCGGCAACAUAGCGGGGGCGGGCGCACGAUCGUGCGAGUUGCUAUGCGAGCUGGGCGCCGCGGGCAAACUGGCAGAGCUACUGGGCAGGCGGGACGCGGCGGACGCUGCGGUAUACGCGCUCACGCACGUCGCUUACCAGAUGAAAAAUACCCUGAGCAUAGAAUAUGUCGCCCGAAUAAUUGAAGCGUACUCCAAAUUGGAACUGAACCUGGAAACGUGUCGGCUCCUCUUCUAUUUGUCCUGCCAUGAAGAGCUCCAUUCAAACCAUUUGCCGCACCGACUUCUGCUCAAACUCCUGGAUGCCACGGCCGUGAGUAUGGAACGACACGUCAUGGGCACAUGCAAACGAUCCGACGUGUGCUGUGAACUAUUGUAUCUACUUCGAACGCUAGCCAACAUAUCCGUGACAAAAGUGAACAGUGAUUUAGUGCUCGAAUAUCUUAUCGAUAAAAAAUUGUUAGAAUAUUUUAAAACAAUCAUAGCGACCGAUAAUGCCAUUAUAAAACUGUCAUCCUUGUGGUUGUUAGGCAAUUUGUUCAAUAGCUCUGGUGAAACUUUGUUUGAAGAAUUUAUUGGCGGCAAUUAAAUUGUCGUGUAUUGUUGUAACAAUUAAGUAAGUAGGUGUUCAAUGCAAUGUAUUUUGUUGCUCAAACAAGUUGGUGGCUUAAUAUCUAACAAUUAAUAUAGUACCUAUUCAAAGCAAUGUAUAUUGUUGAUCAAACGAUUUAAUUAAUUGGCGUCAUAUCUAGUUGUUUCAAUCUCAAUAGUUUAUUCAAUAUACCACAAUAUUCAUAAGAACAAACAUGUAAUAGAGUAGUGUUG